UAUACUACUCGUCAAGGUGUCUUAAAUUUAGCUAAUAGACUACCGACAGACAUAAAUCGUCCUGAUCUUGGGCCCAAAAUGUAUAAUGCUUACGGUUCUGAAGAUGCUGAUGGCGGAAAUGGUACAACAAAUCUUCAUUUAGAUAUGACAGAUGCCGUUAAUAUGAUGGCUUAUGCACCAAAUGUCGAAAAUAGACUUGAAAACGAACAACUCAAGCCAUCAGCAGCUGUCUGGGACAUUUAUCAUAUUUCAGAUCUACCGCGCAUUCGUAGAUUCUUGCGUAAAAUUGCCAAUGAAAGAGGCUUACUAAUUGAUAGUCCCAUUCACGAUCAAUGUUUUUAUCUGGAUUCAACGUUGCGUAGUCGUCUUUUGCAAGAAGAAGGUGUUAGUGGUUGGAGAAUUUACCAGAAUCCUGGAGAUGCAGUGUUUGUUCCUGCUGGUUGUGCUCAUCAAGUGUGUAAUUAUACAAGUUGCAUCAAAGUGGCUGUCGAUUUUGUAUCACCAGAAGGCGUGGGACGAAGUCUUAUUAUCAGUAAACAAUUUCGUAAAUUGUCUAGAUCGCAUAAAAGAAAGAAAGAUAUUUUGCAGCUUCCUGUUAUUCUGUAUCAUGCCUGGACGACCUCAUCUACUAAAUAA